AUGCGUUCACUCGUCACUGGUGCUGCUGCUGUUGGCGCCGGAGGCGGUUUCGACUGCGGCAGUACAGAACCGGACCAGCAGCACCACGAUCAGCAGCGUCGUCAACCCCGUAAAACAUCCUCUUCCGACGACGGGGCGCUGGCUUCACUUUCAUAUCCGGACCAGUCCGGAUCACGGCACCGCACGGCCAAUAUGACACUUGGACCUGGACCGCCUCGACCUGGACCUGAACCACCUCGGCUUGGACCUGGACCACCUCGGCUUUCACCUGAACCUCCUCGACUUGGACCUGGACCACCUCGACUUGGACCUAGACCGCCUCAACUUGGACCUGGACCACCUGGAUUGGACCUGAACCACCUCGAAUUGGACCUAAACCACCUCGAAUUGGACCUGGACCGCCUCGGCUUUCACCUGAACCUCCUCGACUUGGACCUGGACCACCUCGAAUUGGACCUGGGUCACUGCGACUUGGACCCGAACCACCUCGACUUGGACCGGGAUAAUCUUGACUUGGACGUGGACCACCUCGACUUGGACCGGGACAAUCUUGACUUGGACAUGGACCACCUCGCGUUGGACCUGGGUCACUACGACUUGGACCCGAACCACCUCGACUUGGGCCUGAACCGCCACGACUUGGACCCGAACCAUUUCGACUUGGAUAUGGACCACCACGACUUGGACUUGAACCACCUCGGCUUGGACCUGAACCACCUUGGCUUGGCCCUGGGCCGCCUCGACUUGGACCUGGAUCACUACGACUUGGACCCGAGCCACCUCGUGUUGGACCUGAACCACCACGACUUGGAUAUGGAUCACCACGACUUUGAAGUGAACCACCUCGACUUGGACGUUGGACCUGGACCACCUCGACUUGGACCUGGAUCACUACGACUUGGACUUGAACGGCCUCGACUUGGACCUGAACCACUUCGACUUGAACCUGGAUCACUACGACUUGAACCCGAGCCACCUAGACUUGGACCUGGACCACCUCAACUUGGAAAUGGACCACCACGACUUGGACUUGAACCAUCUCGGCUUGGACCUGGAUCGCCUCGACUUGGAUAUGGACCACCUCGACUAGGAGCUGGAUCACUACGACUUGGACCCGAGCCACCUCGACUCGGAUCUGGACUACCUUGA